AUGCCUGUGUGCUUUUAUGGAGGGCUGUGGGCUGAUUUACUCCCUCAGACGCCAAGCAGCACCUCAACGUCAUACAUUUUCAUGAACAUCAUAACAAAGUCGUUUGGUCACGCCCUAAAAAAGAUUGUACGGGAUGGUAAUGGACGUUGUGUGGAGUGCAGAAGUGUGUCGUCAAAGUCCUGGGGCUUCGGUGAAGAGAUGUCUGUCUGUCUGCCAGAUUUCAGGAGGACUGUCAGGACAGGGUGUUGUGUUAAUGUGAGGAGUGAAAACACACCCUUCGAUGUCAGUGGAUGUGAGCCGGUGACAGCAUCAUCACAAAACUUGCCCGUCACAGCCGGCUGCUUUGGCUUGGGCCCGUGGCUUUGUGGAGCCCAACGGGCCGCAGGCUGCCAGACCCUGAUCAGAGGAACUUUCACGCCUUAUCACACAUAUUAUGGGAUCCAUCUGUGGGUCACAAAUUCUUUGGUCAGUCUCAUGCAGGAAGGUGAGAGGGAGAAGGGGAAGGCAAAAUCCACCAUCACCCUUCAUCUGUGUAGCCUUGAGAAGGGGAGGGCAAUGCCUGCUUCCCUCUCUCUUUCGUCUUGGAAUCUCCGGGAACUGCGUAUGGAAACAGUGCAGCUGGAUCAACAUGCCAAGGAGAUGGAGAGAAGACUGGAGGAGCUCAGACAGCAUAUGAACCAGCAGAAAGAGGAGAGGGAGAAGAUGGGAGCUUCUCACUGGCGUUCAGCACAGCCUGGGGUUCAGAGCGUUAAGACAAACAAGGAGAACGCACCUCACAGACUCUCUCCAGGCAAGAUGAAGAUUAGAGUGCUGAAGGACGAGCCUGUGCCAGCAGUACAGGAGCAGGUAAUAGCGGAACGAGCCGCCAAGGUACAUGGCACUAACAGGAAGCUCAACCUGAAAGGAAAAGUCUGUGGACAGUGUGAAGUUCAGCUGGCCGGACUGAUGUGUGCGGAAUGCGGAGAGGAUUAUUGUGUGGGCUGCUUUGUCAGAUUCCACCAGAAGGGGGCACUGCAGCGCCAUCGUAUGGUUCCCGUACAGGCAGAGCUCCAGACCCCUGUCAGCACUCGGGAUGUGUUGGGCCGCUUCCAGCAGCAGGUAAGCGGCAAGGAGAAUCAACAAAGUGCAUCCCCCAAAUCUGCUGAUGAAAGUGAAGCUACAGAGAAAAGAUCAGCUCCUAGGAUCCUUUGGCCCAUUUCUGAAAACCAAAUACACCACACACAGCCUCAGGUGUUGUUCGUGAAUGACGGUGUUGACUUGGAGGAUGAGGAGGCUGGUGAGGAAGAGGACAGCUCUCUGCUGAGAGGAGGCUUUGAUGAAGAAGAGUCAGCCAGGUCCUUCCAGGAGGCUCUGAAAGAGUGGAGAGAGAGAGGACAGAGACCAGUGUCUGUGAUGGAAACACAAACAGAGAAAGGAUCCCAGCCGUUAAUUUAUGUGGCGUUCAAGGAGGACACUUUGAGCUACAUGGAGAAACUCCUCUUGAAAAAGCACCGCAGAGGACAAAUUGAAGAAUUUCAGCACCGGUCUGUCGUCCAACGCCGACCGGAACCACCCACACCUCCACCCACAGAGACGGAUGAACUGAGCCGAAAACUGACAGCAGAGCGAAUGGAGUUGCAUAAAUACUUUACCUCUCUCUUCAUGAUCGCUCUCGCUGAGGAUGCUGGGAAAGCAGACAGCCCUGCAGAAUCCUGUUUAAGCAUUGUAGAGUUAGAUGAGAAGAUGGCUGGAGACGCUACACUGUACAGAUCCUUUGGAGUCAAGCAGGGAAAUGAGAGCAAAAUGUUUGCAGCUGUUGGAAAUGAAGAUUUAUCUGAACGAGGAGAUUUUGGAUAUUCGGUCUUGCCUUCCACACCGUCCUUCUCCGAGAUGACCAAAGGAUCCUUCAGUGAAUGUAAUUCUGACAUAAAGAUCAACUCUUCUCCUGAGAUGUGGCCGCCGUUUCAAGAAGCCACACAAUCUUCAUCAUCAUUGCCAAGAUCAGAAAGCUUCUCUCCACUUCAAACGAGGCUUCAGAGAUCACAGCACCUGUCGGCUACCUCAGAGCCAUUUCUGUUGAAUUCACAAACAGGAGGCCAGAAAGUGGAACUCAGUGACUCUCCAAAACCAAGCCCACGGACAAGAUCUUCUUCAGCACAACAGGAUAAACCCUCAGAGCUUCUGCCAACAUCAUCUCCUUCACUCCCAAAAAACGAAUUAAAUCAAACUCUCUUAGGCUUUGAGGACCAUAUUUCCACUGUCAGCCCCUCUCCUGGUAGAGCCAUUCAUUCUGUAGCCCAGCGACAGGACAUCCAGUCGGGGCAGUACCAAGACCUAGAGGGGAUCCUGACUUUGGGACUGGACCCUGGAGUCCUGCAGCCCAGCCCAGCUCCAGCUCAAACCUCUAGAGAAGAGCAGAACCACACAGGGAGUUUGCUAGGGCAGGAGUCCUGGAGAUCCAGCAGCAGUCUUCAGCAUUACGCAGAGGAAGAGCUGGUCACUGCGCUGAUGAACGCUCAGCCCAUCAAUAGCACCCCUUGUCCGUUCACACCAUGCCGUGGCAGAAUGUCAUCACAGAGGCUGUGUUUCUCAGGCACCAUAAGCAGAUGUUCUCCCAUCUCUUCUCGGCCCCUGAGUGCCGGGACUCAUCGUCCAGACCCGUCAAACCGGCCGCUGUCUCGUGCCGCUCUGGAGAUCAUGGAGGUCCAGACUGUGGAACAGCUCGAUCUCCAGGACUCUGAUGAGGAUGAGGAGGAUUUCCUGGCUCUGGCCUGCCUUGAGGAGGAAUUCAGAAAUAUGAGCACUACACAAUUAGAUGAGGGUGAGGAUGGACACAUUCCAGUGGAUGAGAUUUGUCUGGACUGCAGUUACACAAAUUAA